GGAAAUCACCAACCGGAAGUGAUUGACAUGAAAGAGGCUAACUUUAACGCUGAGGGAAACAUGAUCGUAUUCCGUCCUAGUGUGGUGGAAAUAAUAAAGUGAGUCGUGUCCUUGUGUCCUGCAGUCAGACGCUGAGCGGCGGCACAGCGACUAGCUACUUUAUCGGGAAGCAGGAGGCCAAGUGUCCGCUUCGUGAGUCACUGCCCUCGGGUACUGACAAGCGCCGUGUGUCCCCGUGUGCCAGUAAGUGGUGGCGGCGGCAUGUGGAGCCGCGUUCUCCUUGGAUGACCUACACGCCACGAGUAGAAUACCUUGCCGAGGGUCAAGUGGAGCGGCGGGGUCCGUGCUCACCUUUCCACGCGUGCACGCCGACUUGCAAGGCGUCUUCCACCACGGGUUACGUCUCUCCGCCGCGAGCACGCACGAGGGUGUUGAAUAAAGUUUGAGUGGGCAUCAUUCCGAAAGUGGACACUCGACACUGGUGUGGUCCCAUGAUGUACACCAUCACCAGAGGGCCCAGCAAACUCGUUACACAACGGAGGACGACAGCUCCCACGCAGCAGAUAGAGAGUCAAUUCGCCGAGUUGAAGCGCAAGCCGACCAAGUGGUUCACGUCCAACACUCCACCUCCAAAGAUCGUGUUUCAUCGCUUCAAUGGGAAAACUUACCAUGUCCCGUCCGCGCAGAAAGUCAACAGCCCGGCAGAGGGAUUCACUCCGGCUCAUGAGGAGAACGUCAGAUUUGUAUAUGAAGCAUGGCGGGAGGUGGAGCAGAAGCUUGGAGACGGAAAUGACGGGAAAUCGACGGGCAGCCGGGGGCCUGUUCAGUAUACAGAGAAGACCCCCAGCGCUGUCAUGAAGAACUUUGUUCCCAUCGAUCUGGAGGAGUGGUGGGCCGAGCGCUUCCUUGCUAACAUUGCAAGCCUCUCAUGAUUGCUCUGAGGAUUUGAAGCCCCUUUGGAGAUGUGUCAAUGCCUUAACAGCGAAGGCACCACAAGGGUCGAGACGACAGCCACGUCGGGCUGUAGGAUGCUCCUUGUGAAGAAUUGUUCGCCAUUUGGCGCUCGAGCUGAAAUCUGAAUCUUCAUGCUGCUUUAUGGAGAACAGAACUCACCGAACAGCCGAGACGUGAUGUGUUGCUGCAAAAAAGGCUGUUCUACUUGAAUGACACAUUUGAUAGAAGUUAAUCGUUUUUCUUGUUCAAAAAGAGCUUCCUUCCUUCCUUCCUCAUCUGUUGUAUUGAAUUUACUGGCUCAGCUUUGUAUUUUGGAUCUACUGAAGAGCACAAGUAAAAAUUUUCAAAAUGUUCUCAAUAA